AUGCCGAAAUUCAAGGAGAGGACAACAUCCGCACACGCGCUGCCCUCCGAGUCUAACCUUGACCACGCUGAACUGAUUGCAAAGAGAUACGCCAUCAGACGGAGAUUGGGAAGAGGGAGUUUUGGCACAAUUUAUCUGGUUCAUGACAUCAAGGCUGCAGAUGGGGACACAUUUAAGGUCCUGAAGGAGAUUGCCAUUGGUGGGCUGAAGCCUGACGAGACCGUGCAGGCCAAUCAGGAGGCCCAGCUCCUGUCACAGCUGCACCAUCCCGCCAUCCUCAAGUUCUACACCAGCUUCCUUGAGCGGGACAGCUUCUGCAUCAUCACAGAAUACUGCGAGGAUCGUGACCUGCACUGUAAGCUGGAGGAGCUGAGGGCCAGUGGGAGCUGGUUGUCCCAGGCUCAGGUCACCGAGUGGCUGAUUCAGCUGCUGCUGGGGGUCCACUACAUGCACCAGAGGCGAAUCCUUCAUCGGGACUUGAAGGCCAAAAACAUUUUUCUGAAGAAAAACAUUGUGAAAAUAGGUGACUUUGGUGUGUCGUGUCUGCUCAUGGGGUCAUGUGACCUGGCCACCACCUUCACCGGGACUCCGUACUACAUGAGCCCAGAGGCCCUCAGUCACCGCGGAUACGACGCCAAGUCUGAUAUCUGGUCUCUGGGCUGUGUGCUGUAUGAGAUGUGCUGUCUGGCUCAUGCUUUCGAGGGACCCAACUUCCUCUCCGUGGUCAUGACGAUAGUGGAAGGGGAGACCCCCACUCUACCGGAGAGAUACAGCACAGAGCUCAACACCUUGAUGCAGAGGAUGCUCAUGAAGGACCCACUGUCCAGGAUAUCAGCUACCGACGCCCUGAAGACCAAGUACAUUGAGGAGAAUAUGCAGGUCAUGAAGCACAGGCUGUCCAACAUGACCCUGCGGGACAGGACUGCAGGAGGGGAGAGGAGAGACGCCGCACAGAUACUCAGAGCAAUGCAGAAGAAGGUGCACCUGCAGACCCUGCAGCAGAGGGCGGAGGUGCAGAGGAUGACCCCCAGGGAGCGCAUGAGGCUACGCAAGCUCCAGGCUGCAGACGAGAAGGCCAGCAAGCUCAAGAAGCUGGCUGAGGAGAAGUACCAAGAGAACUGUAUUCGGAUGAAGGAGCUCCGGUGGCGCCAUUUUCAGACCGUUACCGUGGAUGUGCUCACUGAAGCUGGAGAUGAUGGAGUCGUUAGCCCAAGCCAUUCAACACCACCUCUGGAUAGGCGUUCGCCAGGCCCUGUGGAUACCCAUUCGCCAGGCCCCGUGGACAGGCGUUCGCCCAGCCCCGUGGAUAGCCAUUUGCCAGGCCCUGUGGUGCCAGCAGGAGAGGACGGGUCAGCACAGCUGGGCCAUCCCGCCAAAGCAGACGUUGGAAUUCCUGAUGACCCUGUGACUGCGGAGGCAUAUUACAAUGAGGACGGCUUUGAGUCGUGCUCCGAGGAAGAGGAAGAUGAAGAUGAAGAGGAAGAUGAGGAGGAGGAUGACCAAGUCAAGGACGAAGACAUGCAUGUGCACUAUGGUGAUGAUGUGGUGGAGACGGAAGCCUUUGACACAUUUCAGCACACUUAUGGGCAGGAUGUGGACCUGGAAGCCAUGGUGUGGCACAUGGAGAACAUCCUCGACACCCAGCCCAGCGGGAGAUAUCAGAGCUGGAGAGGGGGAAAUCCGGGCAGUUCUGAGGGUGUCUGUCUACUGUAUUUGUUUCAGGAGCUGGAGAGGGGGCGAUCCAUGCAGCUACAGGAGAUGGAGAGAUCCAAACUAGAGAGGGGCGAGAUCCAUGUGUCUCCUGGGGGAGAUCCAGGCUGCUCCUGGAGAGGGAGAUCCAGGAGGGAGAGAUCCACGUUCCGGGCAGUUCUGAGAGUGUCUGCUGUGUGUGUUUCAGGAGCUGGAGAGGGGGCGAUCCAUGCAGCUACUGGAGAGGGGGUGACCCAAACUAGAGAGGGGGAGUUUCCUGGGAAGGGGGAGAUCCAGGCGUCUCCUCGGGGAGCGACUCGCAUCAACACCAUCAUGGCACGGAGCAGGAUACACAGGAUGAGAGAGUCGGUGUGCCAGAGGCUGGGCCAGGAGGCGUUCGAGAGGGUGUACGAGUACCUGAGGGAGGCGCGGAGGAGGAGGGAGGGGGAGGCGGAGGUGAGGGAGGCCCUGAGCGGCAUGGUGGAGAGGCCGGCGGACUGCUUCGAGGUGGAUCAGCUGCUCUACUAUGAAGAACAGCUCCAGGAGGUGGAGCAAAGGACUUAGACUAUCACUCAU